AUGCACCCCAUGAAGGGGACAGCUAAAAAGUCGGCGGCGGUCCGCACUCUAGCGGAUGCCGAGAAGUUGCUCCGCAUUCCCAAGGAAGAGGCCGAAAACCUCAUGAUUGUGGACCUUGUCCGCCACGACCUCCACGGCGUCUGCGGGCCCGGCAGGGUCUCGGUACCGCAUCUGCUCAAGAUUGAAGAGUACGCUUCCGUGUUUCAGAUGAUUACCGUCGUGGAGGGCCGACUCCCAGAACCCCGGGGUGAGGAGGCCAGGUAUACAGCCAUUGACGUGCUAUCGGCCUCAUUGCCACCGGGGAGCAUGACGGGCGCGCCCAAGAAACGCAGCUGCGAGAUCCUCCGCGCCGUAGAGCGGGGACGUGAGCGCGGUAUCUACUCGGGCGUUGUCGGCUACGUCGACGUCACUGGCAAGUCGGACUGGAGCGUCAACAUCCGCUGCUUGUUCAAGUACGACGACGAGUGCGCGUGCGGUUGCCGCGGAGGGUGCGCGGGAGCCAUCGGCCGCGACAAUGACGUUGACGACGUCGGCUGCGGAGAGGUGUGGCACGUGGGUGCGGGGGCGCUGUCACGACGCUGA